CUAGACCGUCAGAUCAAAAUUAUAACCGUUGGUGACGCUCCACAUCUGACGUUUAAAAUUUGAAAGUCACAUCUCUGUCUUCCAAUAAAGCCCUAAUCUUAGACAGAGAAAAAGCCACUAACACAGCAAAGAGAGAAAAGCAACAGAAAGGAACAUACCAGAGAAGAAGUAGCCAUGUAUAAGAUGAAAAUCGAUCGCAAGCCUCCGCUGCCCAGAUCUCCGAUUCGGUUUCAAUCACGUCGAGUCCUUCGUUCAAACUCAACUUCUAUUCAAACUCCUCCAGGAUCAUUAACGAAAUCUCGGAAGCUGACCCGUGCAUCGGACAUGGAAGAAUCGGAUCUUCGAGCCGAAUACCGUACGAUUUCGUGCGAGUUACAGGCGUUGUCAAAGAUGGUUCAAGAUGAACUCGGCGGGGGUAAAAUGGACAAUAAUAAUAAUAUUAUAGCUGGGUUAGGCAUUGAGUUGAGCUGUGGAAAUUCGAGUUCUUUGUUUGAAAGGGGUAGGUUUUAUGAGGUGUACUCGGCGAGAAGAAACGAGAGGCUAAAGAGAAAGAAAAAUGAAAGCGACGACCGGUUAAAGACGCCGUAUAAUCUUGGUGUCACGGUUGAGGUUUCAAAGAGAAGGGAGUCGAAGAAGCUAGGGAGUCUGAAGAAGUCUGUCUCUACCGCUUAUUCUGUGGAGAGAACUGAGCCCAGAUAUCUUCUGAGAAGCAUGAGCAAAGAGAGCAAGAAACCUCCUCUGCCGCCUUUCAACUCUGCGAUUGACAGUCAACGCAAGUCGGGGGCUCGCAGGGCCAGGAAGAUCUGAAUUUCACAGCUGGAGUUUUGGGGAUUUUUUUUAAAUCAAUUUUUUUAUGCUAUUAGGGUUUGAUUUAGGAGGAAGAAUGAACUUCAUUCCUGAAUUGAAUAUGUUUCAUCGCUAUUUCUGGGUUUUAGUGGCUGUUUGAUGGUGAUUAGUGAUUAUAUUAGUUAUGUCUUUCAACAAACUCUGGUUGAAAAGAAAUGAUAGUUUCAUGUUAGCACCC